AGUCACUGAUUCCAGUGGCAUUUUUCAUAAUAUUGACAGGGUGAGUUGACUUCUACAAGCUGUGAUGAAUUGAGCAUUACUGAUUGCUCAAUGAUGUUCCCUGGGAGGCAACCACCACGGACUGUUGGUUGACUCACAAAAGGUCCUACCUAGAGAUGAUGGCAUGAGGCAGGCCCUACCUAGAGACCCACACGAGACAACACGCCAUCCUGGCCUGCUCUUGGCUCAGAGGACAUCACAUCUUUGAUGUUCUCACUCAGGCCAUGGUAGACACCCAUUACAAGUUCCCUCUGCAAAACAAGGUGACAAGGACUAUGAUGGAUAAUGGCAAAAACUUUGUUGAGGUAUUCAUGCAGUUUGGUACAGAAGUUGAACUCUUGCCAGACAUUCUUGAGGCUGCUGCCAAUCCGGAUGUGGAGGGUGCCAAGGAUGUGGAUUUGGACAUGGAUCCUGAGGCUGGGGAUGUAGAUGAAGUUGAGUACAUCUCUGUUGAUGCCAGCCUUGACGAGUCCAGCGGCCUGGUCCUCAACCUGCCAGUGCACAUAAAGUGCGUAUCCCAUACCUUCAACUUGGUAGCCAAUAUCGAUGCCAACAAGGCUCUUGACAGCACUAUGUUCAAGUCAGCCUACAGGAAGGCCAUGUCCAAGGUACAGCAGCUGUGUAAUCUGCAGAGCUGCAGCAUGGUGGCAGCAGACAGCAUUCUAGAUGUGUUAAAGAGGAGGCUGGUGGUCUCCAAUGGUACCAGAUGGAACUCUACCUAUGACUCUGUUAUUGUCCUCAACAACCUGCUGGAGAGGAAUAGGGCAGCUGUCCACAGGGUGAUGACACAGCUGAAGCUGCAGGCCUUCACCAAUUCUGAUGUUAAAUUCCUGACGGAAUAUGCCUAGGUGAUGUCUAAUGUUGUGAAAACCUUGGAUAAAAUCCAGUGGGGAGGACCAGGCCUAUUUUGGAAGCUUUCUGCCAACUCUAGCAGCUACCAUCAUGAAGUUGAAGGAGGCCAAGUUCAAGCAUCUCCUGUAGUGCAGUCUUCUGGUAGACACAAUAAUGGCAGGCUCGCAUAAAGGUUUGGGCUCCUCUUAGAAGACCUGGAGUACUAGCCUUCCACUCCAAGUUUCUCGUGUUCAGGCUGGAGCAGUAUAUUAAUAGCUAGGUUAGCAGAGUAACGAAUGCCAUAGAGACCAUUGUAGAGACAUCCCUAAUGGAGACUAAUGAGGAGGGCAGCAGCACCACCAGCAAUGAGGAAGAGGAUUUCUUCAGCAACAUCACUCAGUUCUGGGAGAUCAAGAGCCGAAGGUCACUGAAAUCUAAGGCACAGAACUUGGUGAAGAAGGUCCUAACUGUUGUCUUUUUGGGUAAGCAGGUCUUGAUUGACCUGUUCACCAAGUAUAACACUGCCAUCCCAUCCAGUGCUGCAGUUGAGUGCCUAUUCUCUAUAGGCAAAGAUAUUUUGAGGACCAAGAGAGCCACUCUGUCAGAUGGUAACUUUGAGAGGCUGAUGUUUAAUGAAGAGCAUCAUGUCAAGGCAAUGGAGAAGACCCAGCCAGAGCAAUACACCUUGAUCGUCAUCUGAUCUUGGCAUGAUACCUAUACUAUACCGUUUUGAUUGAUUUAAUACUUUUUGUACAGUAAAUAAAGUGU